GUGAGCUGUGAUUGGUCACAGCUUGUCACAUGGUACAAGGCUAUUAUGAAUAGCUUUGUACCAUGUGACCUCUGUGAUCAUUCACAGAUUUCACAUGUAGUAAGCAAUGAUGUCAGAAGUGACAUCUUGCUUACUACUCUGCAUGUGAUCACCGAUUGGUCAAUCAGUGAUCACAUGAUCGGGACCUCGCACAGAGGUCCCUAGAGAUAUUAACAUUGCAAUUCUACAGCAAUAUCAACACUUCCAGGAGUAAGGUUAGCCAAACAUUAUACAAUUUUCU